AUGCCCAAGAUCCAAGAGCAAAUUAACCAAGGAGCCAUUCCAAGCUAUGUCUCCAAUGUCUGCCCACAAGGCACUAAGUUUCAUGUCCUCGAAGUAGGCUGGCUUGAGUGUGAUGAAGGAUUCGUCACUCGUGGGGGCAAUACUAGUCUGAAGAGUACAGAAGGUCUCUCCACCGUCAACAAACGCCGCGAGUUGCCCAUGUACUGCAUCCUGAUUGAUCACCCACAUGAGGGCCUCAUCCUCUGGGAAACUGGUUGUGGGAAGGAUUACCCUGAGGUCUGGGGCCCUGUAUUGUCGGAUGUCUUUGCGCGCGUACGCUAUGAGCCCCAGCACGAGUUGCGUGCGGCCGUCGGGGCGACGGGCAACAAGAUCGAAGAUAUCAAGAAGAUUAUCAUAGGACACUUGCACCUCGAUCAUGCCGGCGGGUUAGAUGAAUUCAUGGAGCGAAAAGAUGUUGAGAUUUGGGUUCACGAUAAGGAACUGCGGUCUGCAUUUUGGUCGGUGGCCACCGGAGCCGAUACGGGUGUCUAUCUGGAGCAUUAUCUCAAAUUAGGCCUGAACUGGAAGACCUUCGAUGAGAAAAGUCUCGACUUUUGUCAGGGCAUUACAUUACACCAUCUGCCAGGACAUACAGAGGGCCUGAUCGGAAUGCAGAUCAACAUGCCCGAGAUGGGGACUUUUUUCUUUCUCAGCGAUCACUGUCACGUUAUUGAGAAUUGGCGAGACGGUAUCCCGCAAGCUCAUCUCCUGGGGAGAAUGCCUAUCUCUAAACCUGGCGUCAACCAAGAUGCUGUUCGGAUCCGAAGGUACCUGCAAAGUGAAAGUAGUACCUACCACUCAACCUCUUUCUUGAGCAGAAUGUCGCCAUACUCCUCACUUAUAUCGCGAUCGGAAUGUUUUAAUCCGGCAGCGGUCUCGUUGGAAUCUAAAGCGUUCAAUCGUGUGCUUCUCGACCUCACCAAGAAUGGGCCUAAAUGGAAGGGAGUUGGAGCUGCCGAAUAUCGACGUCUACGUGCUGCUGGCAAAACAGCUCUUCCUGGUCCGACUCUUCUUCCCUCUGCAACCGCAUUCGAAAUACCUUCGCGUGACUCAGGUCGCUGUAUUUCAUGCCGCAUCCUCAGACCGCAGAACAGCAAACCCUUGACCGCCGUUUUCAUGCACAUCCACGGCGGCGGUUACAGGCCAUGGCUAACGACCAUGGGCUCCUUUGCAUCUCUAUUGGCUACCGGCUCGCACCAGAGCAUCCCUUCCCGGCACGACCGCAGGAUUGCUACGACGCGGCAGAGUGGCUCGUGUCCAACGCAAAUGCCACCUUCAAAGCGCCUCUGGCAUUUCCUCGAUUGGACGCCGAGCGUAUAUACAUAUGGACGAGGAGAACUUGAUCUCGUUCUCGACCUAGACAGGGUUAAUGAGUUUCGCGACGCGUUCCUGCCAGGGAGGUCACCAGAGACGCUCAAGGAUCCUCAUAUCAGCCCACUAUUUGCAGAUCUUGGACAGCUAAGAGGAAGGCUGCCUCCCGCUCUCUUCACAUGUGGAACUGAGGACUCAGCUGGCGGCGAGUCGAUGCUCAGCAUUAUACCAGGUGCGCCGCAUGGCUACAUCUUAUUUCCCCGAAGCUCAGCUGGCAGUGGAGCUGAGGAAGGAAUGCGAGCUGUUGAUGAUUUCCUUGCGGGUAAGGUAGACAGUUAUGGUGGUGUCGCUGUCCCUGGCCUCGAGGGCUAG